AAAUAGCCCCCCCCCCAACCCCCCUCCUCCCCUCCACCUUCCCCCCACCUUCCCCCAAACCCCAGAGCUUCAGUUAUGAAGCUGCUGAUGGGGAGAAGAUGGCAGGAGGAGGCUGCGGGCUGAAGAUGCGCUGAGCUGAAGGCAUCAUCCUCAUCCUCCCCCCCCAGCCAGGCAGCAGCAACAAAAAAAAUGUAAUCGGAGGAGCUGGAAAAGCUGAGCCGCUUCCAGCGCUGGCAUCCCGCAUCCCACCCCGGCUCCCACCGCCUCGGCCAUCGCUUCCUCUCCUCCUCCUGCACGAUCGAAGCUUUUCCAUCGCCACCUUGGAGCCCUGAGAAGCUCGGUCAAUAAAUGAGGGACCAUAAUGCUGAACAGCAUCACCGAUGGGUUCCUGUGCUGCCUGAUGGGCAAAGCGACCAACGCCGUGGGGCCGCUGGACAGCGUUGAGUCCACCAACGGCUACAGCUUCAUGGAGGUGAAACCGGGGAGGAUCCUGCGGAUCAGGCACAGCGCACCCAGCCGCCCAGCCUGCGAGGGAGCCGAGGAGAGCCAGCCCGGGGGCCCGGGGCGGGGCACGGUGCACUGCAAGCGGAAGAUCACCGUUUACCGCAACGGGCAGCUGGUGAUCGAGAACCUGGGCGACGCCGUCCGCUCCGAGAUCCUGCACUGCCACAGCGGCUCGGGGGAGCCCAACAGCACCGUGGAGCUGGAGCUGUCCGACGUGGCCGGGCAAAGCCCUGCCCAGGGCGCUGCCGGCACUCCGGGGUGCGGCGCCCGGGAAGCGGCGGCGGCGGCGGCCGGCGGCAGCGGCAAGCGCCGCAAGCGCAAGCCCAAGAAGGUCGUCAACAUCGACUGCAAGAAGCAGAUCACCAGCUGCAAAGGGACGCACAGCGACGUGGUCCUCUUCUUCAUCCACGGCGUGGGGGGCUCGCUGGACAUCUGGAAGGAGCAGUUGGACUUCUUCACCAAGCUGGGCUACGAGGUGGUGGCUCCCGACCUGGCCGGGCACGGCUGCAGCUCUGCUCCCCAGAUCGCUGCUGCCUACACCUUCUACGCCCUGGCAGAGGACAUGAGAGCUGUCUUCAAACGCUAUGCCAAGAGGAGGAACAUCCUGAUAGGACACUCCUAUGGGGUGUCCUUCUGCACCUUCCUUGCCCACGAGUACCCAGACCUGGUGCACAAGGUGAUCAUGAUCAACGGCGGGGGGCCGACGGCGCUGGAGCCCAGCCUCUGCUCCAUCUUCAACAUGCCCACCUGCGUGCUGCACUGCCUCUCCCCCUGCCUGGCAUGGAGCUUCCUCAAGGCUGGCUUUGCUCGCCAAGGUGCCAAAGAGAAGCAGCUGCUGAAGGAAGGCAAUGCCUUCAACGUGUCCUCCUUCGUGCUCCGUGCCAUGAUGAGUGGCCAGUACUGGCCAGAGGGCGAUGAGGUCUACCACGCCGAGCUGGCCGUGCCCGUGCUGCUGGUGCAUGGCAUGCAUGACAAGUUUGUCCCAGUGGAGGAGGACCAGAGAAUGGCUGAGAUCCUGCUGAUUGCCUUCCUGAAGGUGAUUGAUGAGGGCAGCCACAUGGUGAUGAUGGAGUGCCCCGAGACGGUCAACACCCUGCUCCACGAGUUCGUCCUGUGGGAGCCCGAGACGCCAGCUGGGGACGGGCAGGAGGAGAAGAAAUAAAGCAGCAGCAGGAGGU